ACAACUACUGCACCAACCACUACAACUACUGCACCAACCACAACUACUGCACCAACCACUACAACGACUACUCCAACCACAACUACUUUUGCACUAACCACUACAACGACUGCACCAACCACUACGACUUCUCCAACCACAACUACAACUACCCCAACCACAACAACUACUGCUCCAACUACAACUACUGCCCAAACCACAACUACUGCUCCAACCACUACAACGACUGCACCAACCACUACGACAGAUCCAACCACAACUACAACUGCUCCGACCACAACAACCGCUCCAACCACUACAACUACUGCUUCAACCACAAAAACUACUUCACCAACCACUACAACUACUGCACCAACCACAACAACUACAGCAGCAACGACUACAACGACUGCUCCAACCACAACUACUACUGCUUCAACCACAACUACUACUGCUCCAACCACAACUUCCACUGCUCCAACCACAACUAGUGCUGCUUCAACCACUAAAACUACUGCCCCAACCACAACAACUUCUGCCCCAACCACAACAACAACUGCUGCUCCAACUACAACUACUGCCCCAACCACAACUACUACUGCUCCAACCACAACUACAAUUACUACAACCACAACUACUGCUCCAACCACUACAACUACUGCUUCAACCACUACUACUGCUCCAACUACAAUGACUACUGCAUCAACUACAACUGCUCCAACCACAGCUACCACUGCUCCAACCUCUACAACUACUGCUUCAACCACAACUAGUACUGCUCCAACUACGACUACUGCUCCAACCACUACAACUACUUCCCCAACCACAACUACUGCCCCAACAACAACUACUGCCCCAACAACAACUACUGCCCCAACCACAACUACUACUGCACCAACCACUACAACAACUACUCCAACCACAACUACUGCACCAACCACUACGACUACUCCAACCACAACUACUAGUACACCAACCACAACGACUCUUGCACCAACCACUACGACUGCACCAACCACUACUACUGCUCAAACUACGACUACUGUAUCAAGUACAACUGCUCCAACCACAACUACUGCUGCUCCAACCACUACAACUACUGCCCCAACCACAACAACUGCUGUUCCAACUACAACUACUGCCCCAACCACAACUACUACUGCUCCAAUCACAACUACAAUUACUACAACCACAACUACUGCUCCAACCACUACAACUACUGCUUCAACCACAACUACUAAUUCUCCAACUACAACUGCUCCAACCACAACUACCACUGCUCCAACCUCUACAACUACUGCUCCAACAACCACAACUACUACUGCUCCAACUACAAUGAUUGCUGCAUCAACUACAACUGCUCCAACCACAACUACCACUGCUCCAACCUCUAGAACUACUGCUCCAACUACAACGACUACUGCUCCAACCACCACAACUACUGCCCCAACCACAACAACUACUGCCCCAACAACAACAACUACUGCCCCAACCACAACUACUACUGCACCAACCACUACAACUGCUCCAACCACAACUACUGCACCAACCACUACAACAACUACUCCAACAACAACUAGUACUGCACCAACCACAACUACUCUUGCACCAACCACUACGACUGCACCAAUCACAACUACUGCG